CCCUCCUCUCCCUCCACACAACCAAACCUACCAUCUAUCCCCUUCUAUUGUCCCAAGUUUCUAGUUUACUGGUCUUCCUUGAGAAAAUCGGAGAUCAGCAGAAUGAUUUCACUAGUAAAGGCCGUCGUCUUCCUCAGUUUGGUCCAGGUGUGCAUUGGAGGGGGGAGGGGUCUCACUGCCCUUGUGCAGCAGCCUCCUCUUGUCCUCACCUAUCACAAGGGUGACCUGCUCCAUGGCGCCCUCCCAGUCAACAUUGUCUGGUAUGGCCGUUUCACGGCCGCCCAGAGGUCCAUCGUUGUUGAUUUCCUCACUUCUCUCAAUCAACGGACGAAAGAGAAGAGCCCAGCUGUUUCGUCUUGGUGGGAGCUCACAGAGGAGUACUCGGCCAAGGCAGGCAGGCCAAGCACCACAAACGUUCUGCUCGGAAAGCAGGUCAUUGAUGAGGAGUGCUCAUUGGGCAAGUCCCUCAAGAGAACCCAAAUCAAGGACCUGGCUGCCAAGGCUGUUGCCUCCAAUGGCAUCACUCUGGUGCUCACAUCCAAGGAUGUUGCGGUGGAGGGCUUCUGUAUGAGCAGCUGUGGCCUCCAUGACUCUGCCCCAUUAGCCAAAGGUUUGAAGGAGAAGUUUGCCUACAUCUGGGUAGGUAACUCUGAGACCCAAUGCCCUGGCCAGUGUGCUUGGCCAUUCCACCAGCCCCUCUAUGGUCCUCAGACGCCACCGCUGGUUGCUCCAAACGGUGAUGUGGGCGUUGAUGGAAUGAUCAUCAACAUUGCAAGCCUGUUGGCUGGCACUGUGACCAAUCCCUUUGGGAAUGGCUACUUCCAGGGAGCAGCCACUGCGCCCAUGGAAGCAGCAUCAGCGUGUCCAGGGAUGUAUGGCAAGAACGCAUAUCCUGGAUAUGCCGGAGACCUGUUGGUAGAUUCGGCAAGUGGAGCAAGCUACAAUGCAAAUGGAAUCAACGGGCGCCAGUAUCUGUUGCCUGCGCUUUGGGAUCCUAAGACUUCUUCUUGUUUUACUCUGGUCUAAAACCAGAGAGGACAUAUAUCAGUGUUGUAAAUAUAUACCGGAUUCAUUCAUUGUUUGCGAUGGUUAAUUUAGAGUGACCGCUUAGCAUUCUUUCAAUGCGUUGUAGAACCCUCACAUGUUUAGUAAUGGAAUCCUUUGUUUGUUC